CAUCCAUCAUGAUGCCUUCUCACUGCAUGAAGACAUUGAAUUUACCAAUAUAACAAUAAUCAUGAAGACCUCAUUUGAAGAGGAAAUAAGGCAAAAAUCAUCAAGUGCAAGAAGAAAAGGAAACAACAGUAACAAUAAUCAAGAUUAUGAUAAGAAAGAAUCAGCAGCUUUGAGAUGCCCUAGAUGUGAUUCCACCAACACCAAAUUUUGCUAUUACAACAACUACAGUCUUACACAGCCUCGCCACUUCUGCAAGACUUGCCGGAGAUAUUGGACUGAGGGUGGAGCCUUGAGAAAUGUUCCAGUUGGUGGUGGCUGCCGGAAAACCAAAAAGCUCAAAUCUUCUUCCUCUUCUUCUUCUUCUUCCUCCGCCAAAUUCUUCACUGGAAUCUCGUCGCUGCCGCCGCCAUCCGUUGAUUUUGGUGCCAUUGGAGGAGGUUCUUCCUUGCAUCUCGCAUCUUCAAUUGAAUCUUUGAGCUCUCUAAAUCAAGACCUUCAUUGGAAAUUACAACAACAACGCUUCGCUAUGAUUUUUGGAGAUCAUGAACAACAACAACAACAACAAAACAAGGAUAAUCAUCAAAAUCACAAAUUUUUUCAACCCAUUUUGUUUCACAAUCUACAUCAUCAAAAAUCAGCUGCUCCAUUUACAACAACAACAACUACUACUACUACUACUAGUGAUGACCAAUGGUUGUUUCCAAAUCAAGUGAUUGCUACAAACAACAUAGCUUCAAGAUCAGGUGAUGAUGGGAGUGUGUGGAAUAAUGAUAAUAAUAAUCAUCAUAAUAAUAAUCAUAAUCAUGGUGGAGUAGUUCAAGCUUGGGAAGAUUUGCCUCAUUUCACUACUGCCUUCCCCUAAAAGUAGAUCAAACCACGGGGGAAUAAUAAAUUUGCAUAUUAUAUAUGCAGUGUUCUUAUAUAUUUUUAAUCCAAUUUACUUGUGUUUCUAAUUUACUACUUUUUAUUCUGUGUUUCAUUCCAAAAAGUAUGAUUAUAAGAAGAAAUUAGUGUGAGAUAGCAUUUUCCAUAACUUCAUUUGUUUUUGCUUUUUAUGCUGAUUAAAUCCCAUGUUGUAUUUAGGUUAUUUCAUUCAAAUAUAUAUAUAA